GGCAUGAAUAAUCUGGUAUUUUGGUGCAGAUGCACCGGUAAUCUUUUUAUACAAUACAUAUGAAAAUAUAAAUAUAACACAAAUGUUGCCUUUAAUUCAAUAAAUUAGCAACAUCUAAUAGACGACCUUGUGUGCUUAAUACAAUAAACAUUAUUUGAGUUCAGCGGGUAUGCACACUCAGUAAAUAUCGCAGCGACAAAAUGGAUUUGCUUGACUCAAUACUUAACUCAAUGGAUGCUCCGCCAACAACAAAUGAACAACAAAAGACCAUUAUCAAAAAACAGCGCGAAAUGGUGGAGCGCAUGCAAAACAAGCAAAAGGAAGAGCUACUGCGAUUUCGAAAAUAUGUCGAGGAGAGGAUGGGUCGCUUUGCCAAGGACGAUCGGACAUACAUUGAGUUUCAACCGUUGGACAAAGUGCAUCGCUCAGUCAUACAUGAAAUAGCUGAGAAUGGCGGUUUCAUUGCCAUGAGCUUUGGGCGAGAGGAAGAGGACCGUCACUCUGUAGUCUACAAAAAGGAACACCCACCAAGCGAGGACGAAGUAACAGCACGUCGCAACGGUGAAGGCUGGAACAAGGAGAUAGCCAAAGAAUAUUCUGACCGACGAAAAGAACGUUUAGCCCAGGAGCAAAACCUGAUCGAUAGGGAAGUCACAACUGAAGCGGGCACCAGUACAGCCCGUUGCAGCAGCAGCAACAGCACAUAUCUCGCAAGCAUUGAGGUGAAACCGACCACUAAUUAUAAGGCGAAAUAUGCCCACCUAAUCGGCGAAUCUGCAGCUCUACAAGCGGCCCGAAAAACAGAAACAAACCAAAGCUACGGCUUUGUACCCAGUAAGAACAAAAAGGAUAUGCGUUCCAUCGAGCAGACUCUGGCUGAUAUUCAGGCCAAGAAGCGCCUAAAGUUACAACAGCAGCAACAGGAACAGCAGGAACACGAACUGGCCGCGUCCCAGGAAGUCAAUCCUGGCACAGAAGAGAUAUAAAAAAAUAGUAAUAAGUUUAUGUAUGUAUUGUUUGUUUUGUUAGGUUUACAGUUGAUCUAGCGAUAACGCAGUUAAAAAAAUGGUGAGCAUGGACUGAAUUGUGUAUGAUCACAGAUAAAUUAUGUAUCUGAAAGCAAUGAAAGCAAUUUAAAAUGUACGGAUACUAUAAAACAAAAAUUAUAUGAACUGCAUUGUCCAAGUAGCAAUUUCUAUUUAUAUAAUAAAACAUAAAAUGUUAGUCAAUAGCAACAAACCCAA